AAACCAAACUCUCUGGUCAGCAAUCUAAUUUGAAGGUUAUAAUUUCAAAUCUGAGGUUUUUUAAAUCUUCAAAAUUCAUUAAAAUAAAAUGUUAGAGUUUACGUAUUUCUCUAGGUUUUUUUUCAUGAGAUGUUUUUGUUGAGGAGCCUGAAAAAAAAUUAUUUGAACUCAAAGUGUACACAGCUUAUAAGAAAUUUCAAAAAUGCUUCGGUAGAAGACGUGCCCUCAGUGUCUACUUCCUCUAUAAGGAAGAUUUUGAAAUCUUCAAAUCUGAACUUUGAAGAAGGACACACAUGUUUUACUACUCAAUGCCCUAUUUGUAAAUUGAAUACUAAGCCGUCACUUUCUACGUUAUAUGUGAAUAAGACAACUGGUGUGUUUAUGUGUCCCAAGUGUAAAUACAGUGGGGACUGGGACUUUCUUGAGUCUUAUAUAGCUAAAAAUGGAAAAAAACCACCUCUCAUACAAUGGAAGGAUAUACUAGUGAAUUCUGCAAACAUAGAAAAGUCUGUGAUGGCUGUUCAGGAAUCAACCACCCCAAUAAGUGCAAUAAAGGAAAGUUUCCUACACCAACUAUUGAAAAAACUGAAACUUCCAGUUGUGAACAAAACUUCUUUGGAACCUCUAGGUUUGAGAGUUGAUGGAGUUUUGAAUAAGAUUUACUUUCCAUUACAGAAUGCAAAUGGAGAAAUUGUAGGAUUUAAAAUUCUUGGAGAUGAUUUAAUAACUUUUCCAGACAUUAAAUGUGGGGGUCUCUUGAAAGGAAUUCAACCUAGAGCUGAUAAUUUUGCAAUAUUAGUUGGAAAUCUUUCAGAUUUCAUCAUUUUGUAUACUUCAAAUAUCAAUGCAACUGUUGUAUGUUUGCCAAAUGGAAGUAAAAGUUUACCCCAAUAUGUUUUACCAACUUUGGAAAAAUACAAGAAGAUAAUCUUAUGGUUAGGUUGUGAUACUCAAGCUUGGGAUGCAGCUAGACGCUUUGGCAAAAAAUUAGGUGAGAAAAGGUGUUAUUGUGUAAGACCAAACUCUAAAAUUUCCUUGCCUCAUUUGGAUGCAUCUCAAGACUUUAAUUCAAUUUUGAAUAAUGCCCAAAGUUUAUGGCAUAAAUCAAUAACUACUUUUGCUACACUCAGACAAGAUGUUCUAUCUGAUCUUCAAAAUAUAGAACAAGUAGAGGGUAUCAAAUGGAAAAGGUUUCCUACACUUAAUAAAAUCCUUAAAGGCCAUCGUUCUGGAGAAUUAACAGUUCUCACAGGUCCAACUGGAAGUGGUAAAACAACUUUCAUCAGUGAAUAUUCACUUGAUUUAGCUUUACAAGGUGUUAGUACAUUGUGGGGUAGCUUUGAAAUAAGAAAUGCAAGAUUAGCAAGAACAAUGAUGCAGCAAAUGGUUGGGAUGCCCCUGGAAAAAAAUUUGCAUUUAUUUGAGACAUGGGCCGAUCAAUUUGAGCAGUUACCAAUUUAUUAUAUGACGUUUCAUGGUCAACAGAGUAUAAAGGUAGUGAUGGAGGCAGUUGAGCAUGCUGCCUAUGUUCAUGAUAUCAAUCAUGUUAUAAUAGAUAAUCUCCAAUUUAUGAUGGGUAUUACAGAAGAAACCAAACAUAUGGAUAGAUUUUGGAAACAAGAUGCUAUAGUUGCAGCUUUUAGGACAUUUGCAACAAGAAAAAAUUGUCAUGUUACUCUUGUUAUUCAUCCAAGGAAGGAGCGGGUAGAUGAAGAGUUGACUACUAGUUCUAUAUUUGGAGGAGCAAAAGCAUCUCAAGAAGCAGACAAUGUACUUCUCAUUCAGGAUAAAAGACUCACUGGACCUAGAGGUAGAAAAUACCUUCAAAUUGCUAAAAAUAGGUACUGUGGAGAUUUAGGUGUUAUGGCGCUUGAUUUUGAUAAAGACUCUUUAAGUUAUGCACCCAAGAAGAAAAAGAAAUCAGAUGAAUCUACUGAAGGAGCAACUAUAGAUGAUCAUUCUGUAACCAAAAGCUAAUAAUGAAUAAUUUCAUUAUUUUUAUAUGUGAUAUUUUGUAACGGACAGUUUCUAUUGGUUAAAUAAAUAAAUCAAAAUUA